UGUCGAGGAGGGUGAGGAGGCGUGGCCUUACCUGUCCACACCUGCACGACUUUCGGUCUGGCUCCAAAGUAACUCCGCUGUGUGGACUCUUGUGGGCCCAUGUGGACUCAUCUGCUCUGGGGUGUCUUGUGAAUCAUCGACAACUUUUCAGGGAGCGAGAGCAGCAAACAUGGCCGUAAGAGGUACUUUCUCAGCUCGGCCUUCUGGAGGAUGGACUUGAUGUCGGUCUCGCACUUCAAUGUCCUGAGAGCGUGUCGUCCCCGGUCCACAGGAAGUUGAAGCGUCUCCAUGGUUGACGACGGAAGCAAGGAGCGCUAUCAUUGGCUGGCUCACGACGUGAAGGUGAGCGGCGUGGACGACAUGGUGCUGCUGUCCAAAAUCAACGAGGACGCCAUAACAGAGAACCUCAAGAAAAGAUACAUGGAUGACUACAUUUUUACCUACAUCGGACCUGUCCUGAUCUCCGUUAACCCGUUCAAGCAACUUCCGUACUUCACAGACAGAGAAGUGGACCUGUACCAGGGAGCGGCUCAGUACGAGAACCCGCCUCACGUCUACGCGCUGGCCGACGACGUUUACCGCAACAUGAUGAUCGACAGCGAGAACCAGUGCGUCAUCAUCAGCGGCGAGAGCGGCGCCGGGAAGACGGUGGCGGCCAAAUACAUCAUGAGCUACGUGUCCAAGGUGUCAGGGGGCGGAGACAAGGUGCAGCACGUGAAGGACAUUAUCCUGCAGUCCAACCCCCUGCUGGAGGCCUUCGGGAACGCCAAGACAGUCCGCAACAAUAAUUCCAGCCGCUUCGGAAAGUACUUUGAGAUCCAGUUCAGCCGGGGCGGCGCUCCCGACGGAGGAAAGAUCUCCAACUUCCUGCUGGAGAAGAGCCGAGUGGUUUCACAAAAUCCAGGCGAGAGGAACUUCCACAUCUACUACCAGCUGCUGGAGGGGGCAAGCGGGGAGCAGAGGCAAAACCUCGGGGUCACGACCCCUGACUACUACAACUACCUCAACCAAUCGGGAACGUUCACGGUGGAAGAUGUCAACGACAAAAAGGAAUUCUCAGACACCUUGCGCGCCAUGUCCGUGGUGGGCCUGUCCGUGGAAGAGCAGGAUUUGGUUGUUCAGCUGGUGGCGGGCAUCCUCCACCUGGGGAACAUCAACUUCCGCGAGGAGAACAACUUUGCAGUGGUGGAGAGUUCUGACUUUCUGGCCUUCCCGUCCUUCCUGCUGGGGAUCCCUCAGGAUGCUCUGUGCAGCAAACUGACCAGCAGGAUUCUGGACAGCAAGUGGGGCGGGAAGACCGAGUCCAUCUCUGUUACCCUGAACACGGAGCAAGCCUGCUUCACCCGGGACGCCCUCGCCAAAGCCCUCUACAGCCGCCUCUUUGACUUCCUGGUCGAUUGUGUCAACAGAGCCAUGCAGAAGGAUCAGGAGGAGUUCAACAUUGGCGUUCUGGACAUCUACGGCUUUGAGAUCUUCCAGCAAAACGGUUUUGAGCAGUUCUGCAUCAACUUUGUCAACGAGAAGCUGCAGCAGAUUUUCAUCCAACUCACGUUGAAGGCAGAGCAGGAGGAGUACGUUCAGGAGGGAAUCAAAUGGACGCCCAUCGAAUAUUUCAACAACAAAAUUGUUUGUGACCUCAUUGAAUCCAAACUGAAUCCUCCGGGCAUCAUGAGCGUGUUGGAUGAUGUGUGCGCGACUAUGCACGCCAAAGGUGACGGCGCAGACCAGACGCUGCUGCAGAAACUCCAAGGUCAGGUUGGUUCACACGAACACUUCAGCAGCUGGAACAAAGGAUUCAUCGUACACCACUACGCUGGAAAGGUGUCGUACGAUGUCAGCGGCUUCUGUGAGAGGAACAGAGACGUGUUGUUCAACGACAUCAUCGAGCUGAUGCAAGGCAGCGAGUUUCCGUUCAUUACGGCACUGUUUCCGGAAAAUCUGGAUGCCGAGAAGAGAGGACGUCCGACCACGGCCAGCAACAAGAUCAAGAAACAAGCUAACACUCUGGUCCAGACACUUAUGAAAUGUACACCUCACUACAUUCGCUGUAUCAAACCCAACGAGACCAAGCGUCCUCGGGACUGGGAAGAGAACCGAGUGCGACACCAGGUGGAGUACCUGGGCCUCCGUGAGAACAUCCGGGUUCGUCGAGCUGGAUACGCAUAUCGUCGGGUUUUCGACAAGUUCCUACAGAGGUACGCCAUCCUGACUAAGGAGACGUGGCCCACCUGGCGAGGCGACGAGCGUCAGGGCGUCCUGCACCUUCUUAACUCUGUCAACAUGGAGGAGGACCAAUUCCAGCUGGGCAAGACAAAAGUUUUUGUGAAAGCUCCAGAGUCGCUCUUCCUGUUGGAGGAGAUGAGAGAGAGGAAGUACAACGGUUACGCUCGGGUCAUCCAGAAGGCGUGGCGUAAACACAUUGCUGUCCGCAAGUAUGUGAAGAUGAGGGAGGAAGCCUCUGACAUCCUGCUGAACAAGAAGGAACGCCGCAGGAACAGCUUGAACAGGAACUUUGUGGGCGACUACAUCGGGACGGACGUGCACCCGGAGAUCCGUCGGUUUGUCGGCCGCAGAGAGAGGAUCGACUUUGCCGACGUGGUCAUUAAAUUUGACCGCAGGUUCAGGACGGUGAAGCGUGACCUCAUACUAACCCCUAGGUUCUUGUACCUGAUUGGUCGAGAGAAGGUGAAGCAGGGCCCAGAUAAAGGUCAAAUCCAGGAAGUUCUCAAGAGGAAAAUGGAACUCUCCCAUAUCCAGUCUGUUUCCUUGAGUACCCUGCAGGAUGACAUCUUUAUCAUCCACGAACACGAAUAUGACAGCGUCCUCCAGAGUGUCUUCAAGACUGAAUUUCUCAGUCUGCUCAUCAAACGUCAUCACGAAAACACUCAGAGUAAUCUUCCGCUGAAGUUCAACAACCUUCUGGAGUUUAAAGUGAAGAAGGGAGGCUGGGGUCCAUUCACCUCAUCGGGGUCCAGACAGAUCCAGUUUCAGGUGGGUCAGGGGGAUGAGGCAGUCCUGAAACCCAGUGGGAAGGUUCUGACUGUCUCCAUUGGACCGGGUCUCCCCAAAAACUCACGACCUACCAGGAGGGACAACCGUAAGAGUCUCUACCGGGAGAACUGGGCUCCACCCGUCAACCACAAAGACCUUGGUGGUCGCAACGGGGGUGUCGGGACCCAGCGAGGAAGCUCCUCCGGAGGCUCGUUACUGAGGCGGCAGUCCAGCAUGGAGCAGCCCAGUCUUCCCCGCCUCCAGAACCAGCAUCGGCACGACAGCGUCGGCGCAAAGCACGUGGACAUGGGUUUCAUGAACGUCCCGGAACAGGGAGCCGCCGGACUGCAACGUCGGCGUUCCAAGGAGGUGAAGCCGGUCCCUGGAGCGGGUCGUCCUAAACCGGCCCCCAAACCCAAGCCUCGUUCCCCGCAAUGUCGCGCUCUCUACGCUUACGACGCCCAGGACACGGAUGAGCUCAGCUUCAACACGGACGACAUCAUUGACGUUCUCACUGAAGAUCCGUCGGGCUGGUGGUUCGGACGCCUUCGCGGCAGAGAGGGAAUGUUCCCCGGAAAUUAUGUGGAGAAGAUCUAGACGUUGAGGUCAGAGCUCACGGACCAAUCUUUGACUGUUUCCAAAAUGACACCCGUCAGCCAUCACCCCCGCCCCCCCUCGGGCUCACGGGUCGACGCGAGGUCAGCUGGACCUGAAGCAGGCGGGAGUGAUGUGUUGUCAUUGAAACCGGAGAGGAUGUCUUUGCGUACAAGGCUGCAAGUGUUCAUUAACAUUCACGACGAGUGUUAAUUUGUUAUUGUUGUUUGAAUGUGAUGUGAUGUCUCUGUGCAGUGGCAAAGAAAGCAACUAAAAGUCGCUUUCAUUCAAUAAACAAGUUGGAACAAAAGCAGAAUUCU